GUUGUACGCAUGCGCAGUUUAAACAAACAUGUCGGUGGCGUUGAUUCGCAGUAAUGUUCUAAAUUAAUACAAUUUCCCAACAAAAAAGUCAAAAUUGAGUAGAUCUAAUCGGAAAAAUUGAAAGAUAACAGCUUGAAAAACAUAUAGUUCGAGCCUCAAGAUCUGAUUUGAAACAACAAGCGAUAAAAACAUUAAUCUCAUCAAAAGUUGUCCGCGUUGUCAGUUCACAAAUCUGUCAGAAAAAAGAGGCGAAAGAAAUGUCUAGAGCAAGUAAUGGAAAACCGGGUUUCUCUUACGAGUCUCAGGGUAAGUACUCAACCUUCGUUAUAUUUUAGGUCACUCUUGGUCAUUUGGUUAGAUAACUUUAGGGUUUUGGUCGUUAAACGAAUUGAUUUCUCUUAUUGCCCGCUCAUAGCCUGGCGCAUGCGCAUUAAGGAUACGAAAAGUUUUAAAUAUCGAGAGCGUAUUAAAACUGUUUUCAGUAAUUGUAGACAGUUCGCAAUAUAAAUCAGAGAGAAAAUAACGAUACAGAAAAUAUCUAAUACCUCGUUGGAUUAUAAAUCUCUACAUCGAAACAUCUAUAUAUAUAUAUAUAUCAUAAAUAUAUAUAUAUAUAUAUAUAUAAACCAGAUUCAGAUGAGUAAGUUUAACUAGUGAUCAAAUUGGAAUAUUAUGAAUAAUAUAUGAAUAAGCAUCCCAAAAACAAGUUUCUUAGACGGAGAGAAAUCUUUCUUAUCUGAUUAAAGAAGUUGUUACCAGUUGUAUCUACAAUAGUUGGUUCUUUGUCAUAUACGAAGCAAUUAUUGUAAUUGCUCCAUUUGACAGUUAUUAACAAUUUUUAGCAGAUAAGUGCAAAAACAGUAGGGUUUCAUAGCAUAUAACAAAAGACUAAAGGCGAACAAUCCUUAUUCUUAUAAAAGUUAUAAUUUUCUUUCAUAUCACUGAAUUCCAGCCUAAAUAAUCAUUCCUUUUUUCAAUAGAGGCUUUUAAUUGGGUCGAUUAUUUAAAAGAAACUGGUGGUAGCGCAGCGCCGGCAAAAUGCUUCAAGCAAUUUGAAACUCCUCCCAAAAAUGAAUUCCGCCCCGGAAUGAAGUUAGAGGCUCGCGAUCCAAGAAACUUGACAUCAAUAUGCAUAGCUUCAGUUAUUUCGACAAUUGGUCCCCGGCUCCGUCUCCGGUUAGACGGUAGCGACGACAAGAGUGAUUUUUAUAGAAUAGUUGACUCUACGGAUUUACAUCCGAAUGGUUAUUGCGAAAAAAGAAACGAAUUAUUACAACCCCCUUUGGGAUUUAUGGGUAAUCCCUCCUCGUGGAAUACAUUCCUUAAAAGAACAAAAUCUUCUGCGUCAUUUGCGCCCGAAUCUUUCUUUAAACCUGAACCCCCCACUCCAAGUGCAAACUUUUUUGAAGUUGGUAUGAAGCUGGAGGCUGUCGAUAGAAAAAAUGCACAAUUAAUUUGUCCAGCCGCAGUCGGUGCUAUAGAUAAAGAUCAAAUUCAUGUUGUGUUUGAUGGUUGGAAGGGGGCAUUCGAUUAUUGGUGCAGGUAUGAUUCUAGAGAGAUCUUUCCGGUCGGUUGGUGCCAGAAAGGCGAGCACCCGCUUCAACCACCUGGCAAUCGUGCCGUACCACCAAAGAAUAGAAUAAGAAAUAAUCAUAGCGAAGAGGAAACGAGAGAAAAAUCGGCAACUCCUCCAAUAGAAAGAUCUUUAAAUCAUAUUAAUUCAACUGAUGGUGAAAAAUGCGUUAUAUAUAUUAAAACAAGCUGUGAUUGUGGUCCUUAUAUUGAGAAAGAUAAACUACGAACUCUUAAUGUUAAGAAGGUUGGGCCAGUUCCGAUUACUUCUGGUUUGCAUGUUGCCGUUCAAAGUUUGGUUGACUGCGCUAAACAUCAACGAACAAUGUUCUCAAGGAUAAGGGAUGGAAAUGGUAGAGUUAUUAUCAAUAUUAAUUAUGGGGAUAAAGUUCAUUCGAAACGUUUGCCUCCUAUUGAAACUAACGAUGCAUUGUGGGCGUUUUUAAGAGAAUUUCUACAGGAUGUGGACGCAUGUCAGCGGCUAUUUUCUCCAGAUGGCUUUAUAAAAUGUGAACAAUGUACGAAUGCUUCAUCUUCCGAAAAGAAAGCCAAUUUUCCUACUGGUAGUAUUAAAAAGUCUCAACCGAGUUCUCCGGCAACAGCGGAAGGCCUUCUGAAAAGUGUACCGAAUGAACCUGUAAGUCGAGAUCAUCGUAGGCAUUUGGAAGAAAAUGGUAAUAUUGGGGAAGUUAAAAAAAUACGUUUAAGUGUUGGAGAUAAAGAAAAGGUUAAAAGUGAAAAACGACGCAGUUCGGGCGCAAACUCAAAUGGAGGAGCUACAAGAAAUAGUUUAAACAAUUCAUUGUCAACAGAAGUAGCACAAGGUAACAAAUUGUUUUUUAAAAAAAAUGUCACAAAGAACUUUCGAAUUAUUUUACAAGAAUGAUACUCUUAGGACUUUAUCCUAUCUACCUAUAUCCUUCUUUCGCUAAUUUUUCAUCUUAUUUCUUCCUUCUUUACUUUUCAUUAAAUGAAGAACGUGAGAAAAACAAACCUAAUCUUUUCUAUUUAUAUUCCGGUAGAGGGCGAUUUAUAUUCGAAUGAUGACCAAGCAUAGUUUAUUAACAAUAAGAAUAGACGAACGAUUGGUAUAAAGAUAUUAAAUGAAUGUUUAGUUAAAAUUUGUAUUCUCUUGUCUUCUUCAAUGAAAAUUGAAUUGUUUAUUAAAAAUGAAAAAAUAACUUUGAUGGUUUUUUUGAAUUGUGAUGAAAAUUUCCAUUAAAAAGUAAUAUAAUUAAAGGUAUAUAUACUUAAGAAUCUUGACUAAAAAGCAAAGAUACAAUAACACUCCGCUUCUUUGCUAUUUAUCGAUUUAUGACCCAAGUUCGACCCUGAUAUUCUAGAACGAGGCUAGACACUGCAGCAGGCAGCUGCAAUAUUGAUUUACAAGCACCCCGGCCAACUGAAAUGCGACCAUUAUCUCAAGAUCCUGCCAAUUGGACGACUGACGAAGUUGUUAAACAUGUAGUUGACACUGACCCAGCCUUGACGUCUGUUACCGAUCUGUUUCGAACUCAUGAAAUUGAUGGAAAAGCGUUAAUGUUACUAAACAGCGAUAUGAUGAUGAAAUAUAUGGGUCUAAAAUUGGGUCCAGCACUGAAGUUAAGCAAUAUUAUUGAAAAACUGAAACAGAGGAAGUGAAUUAUAAAAACAAGGAAUCAUCUGCAUUUACUUUAAAAGUGAAAUAUCUAACGUUUGUUCAAGCCGCUAAAAGACAUCUUUACUUUUUUUUUCUUUUUAUUUAUUCAACUGUAUUAUUUUGAAUGAAUGAAUGAAGUGAAGCCGUUAAAUAUUCAGGUUCUUUAUCGGCAUAUUACAAAGAAGAAACAAAAAAUUUGCAAACGUUUUUUCUUUUUUCAUUGUUUAUAAAAAUUUUAUCUUUUUUUUUUUUUAAAAACAAAGAAAACAUUGAAAAGAAUUAGUCAAGAUAAACUUUAAAGCUAAUGUUGUCUUUAUCACCCGAAAUAGCUGCUAUAAAUAUACAUCUUUUUCAAAAUUGCAACUCUAAAACAGAAAGGCAACAGAUAAUAAUUGUUCUUCUACUGUUCUUGUUUAAUGGUGCCAAAUACACUACAGUUAUAGAAAAUACUAUAAAAAUUCUCAGAAUUUAAUAUUUUCCUUUUAAAUAUCUUGUUUAAAAAGAUAAGUUUGCUUUUAUUGAUCUUUUGAUUUAACUGCUAAUUGUACAAGCUUAUGAACGAAUACAUUUUUAAUGCCCUAAAAGCCGGUUGGGAAUUGUAUAUUCCUUCCUUCCUUCCUUGCGCUUUCUCUCUUCCUUUACCCCUUCGUUAAUCAUUAUCUUUUUUUAUAGUUUAUACUGGCUAAUUUGUUCAUCUGAUGUCUUAAAUUGAUAAAUAUAAAGAGAAUUAUCUAUAGACGUUCAACACAAAUGGAUUAUAUAUUUGUUUCUGAUGUUUUAUAUUGAAAAAUAGUGAAAUUUUAACUUAUGCAUUUAAAUUCUUA